AUGAUAUCGAUCAUGGGACAUAUGGUGCUACCCAGUGUCUCCAGACGCACGAUUAUCCGCAUCCUUCCGACUAUAGUACUUGCCAUAAUUUCCCUUAUUGCCCUUUCCCUGCUCGAGUUCGCGACCAUCCAGCCCAUUGACGCCUCGCAACAACAACACUCCGCAAUGGCCACUGCUGCUGCCCUCAAGUUCAUUACCGUCCCUCCACGCGCGCCACAUACCGCUACUAUUAUCUUCUCACAUGGUCUUGGUGAUACCGGAGAUGGCUGGCGUCCUGUUGCUACCAUGCUUGCAAGCCAGUUUCCAUAUGUAAAAUGGAUUCUUCCCCAUGCACCGGUUAUGCCUAUUACCAUCAACGGUGGGAUUGAGAUGCCCGGGUGGUUUGACUUGUAUUCGCUUGGCAAAUCGGAUGACAAGGAGGACGAAGAAGGCCUGUUGAGGUCCUCCAAGCUCAUUCAUAACCUGGUUGCAGCCGAAAACGAGGCUGGAAUCCCCAGCGAGCGAAUUGUCAUCGGAGGGUUCAGCCAAGGGGCUGCUCUAUCACUAGUUCACGGUCUUACUUCUGAAAAAAACUAUGCUGGCCUUGCGAUUCUUUCCGGUUGGUUCCCCAUGCGCAAGAGGCUUCAAUCCCUACUAGGCCCAACAGCCACGGCCACUCCCAUCUUCUGGGGGCAUGGAACAGCCGACCCCGUGGUCCCAUACAAGUUUGGUCAAAUGAGCGUGGAGCACAUGAAGGGAAAUCUUGGUUUCUCAAAGCUGCAAUUCAAUUCUUACAAGGGCAUGGCACAUUCUGCGGAGCAACAAGAAAUUGCAGAUCUGGGUGCAUGGUUGAAGAGUGUUAUUCCUCCUCUAUAA